CUUCACUGAGAAAGAAAAGAAAAAAAGGAAAUGUCGGUUACACCAGAUCAGCCUGUUUUUGAGCAGAUUGGACCUCCUCCUAACGUGGUCCCCAGUGAUGAUCCCUCUCCACGCGCUAUGGAGGUCAUCAGAAGCUUGGAUAGUCGAUCGUUUGGGUUCCUGGAUUUCCAAACCCCCUCCCCCCACCCCACCUCCAAUGGCAGCCCAAGCUCGACAAGCUUCCUCUCUAAGGAAUUUGUACAGCAGGGCAUUGCCAGGCUCUGUAGGGACCUGACUGUUGGUCCCCUGUCAGACGCACUCAGAGCAGAGCUCUUCUGUCAACUAGGUCAUCUGCACCUCCUACUGGAGCAGUACACUGAUGCUCUCUCGGCCUAUCAGCAGUACCAGUAUCUGUGCCCCCUGGAGAGCAGCAGGAACGCUAACAUGCAAUAUGGUCUGGGACUCAUCUACUUCGGCAUCAACUCCUACGACUGGGCUAUGGAGUCAUUCAAACAAGUGUUGACGUUGGCUCCAGAGUUUGCAAGACGAGGAGAGAUCCACCUCCGGCUGGGGGUCAUGUUCAAGACAAAGGGAGAAUACAACAGCAGCACUCAUCACUUCAAGCAGGCCUCCCACUUGAGUGGACCAGCUAGCUUCUCAAAAUUGGAAAUUCAGUUCCAUCUUGGUCACAUCCACCACUUGCAAGGUCACUUCAUUGCUGCCAAGGAGACCUUUGAGGGCAUUCUCGCUAAAAAGAACGUCCCUAACUCUGUCAAGGCCAUGGCUCUCAGACAGCUAGGAUGGCUGUAUCACAGUGUACCCGAGGUUGCCAUCAUGUGUGAAAACCCCACAGCAAAGGCAGUGGACCUCCUCAAACUGGCCGUGGGUGCAGACUACGCCUCCUCUCAGGCCUGGUAUUUCCUCGGCCGUUGCCAUGCCUCCCAGGGGCGGGCACGGGAUGCAUUCCUAGCGUAUCAGCAAGCUGUCAACAAGUCCACCGACAACCAGGCAGAGAUAUGGUGCUCCAUUGGGAUACUUUACCACAACAUGGGUCAGGCUAAGGACAGUCUACAGUCAUACGUCUGUGCCGUGUACCUUGACCCCGGACGGCACGAGGCAUGGACGGACAUGGGCUGUCUCUAUGAGUCAGUCUCUCAGCCAAUAGAUGCACUCAUCACUUAUAAGAAUUCCAUCUUCAUCAGAUCAGCAGAGCAAAUCAAUGCUGACAAGACUGGACAGUACUUGUUCUCCCGAGUUGCGAACCUGGAGCAGUACAUUACAAUGGUUGGCCCCACCAUUCUCCAGACUCAGCCGCACACCCUACCCACACUCAAGGAGGCGUGGCACACACUAGUCCCCUCCCACGUACGAAGCUCGCCCAAGAGCUCUGGAUCAACUUAUAGCCCACUACUGGAUCUCUCUUCACUGGAAAUAUCAACGAGUCCUCUCACCUCUCUACCCAACUUCUCCCCUUCGUUUUGUUCCCCUAGAAAUACUGUACACCAAGGGCCGGUCCCAAAGAAGCAGCGCACAAAUCGUCACAACAACGAACCAAUCGUUAUCCGCAACAUGGGAGACACCUGGCAUCCCAGCCUGUCCCUCCGGUGUCUGGACCAGACUGCAGGGGGCCAAGUCCACACGGGGGGUCAUAUCAACACCGGGGGUCCUGUCAAUGUGGGAGGUCCUACUCUAGGGGAGCACGAUAUUCUGGCUCAGCCAAAUGCCUUCUCAACUUCUGAUGUUUUCUCUGGGUUUACUGCUGACACUCGGCCGACUAGUUUGGGCAUCAAAAAAACUCAUUGCGAUUCGAACUCGUCUGCACCUACAUGUACAACUGGAUUAUCUUCAUUUCAUUCUAACUCAAGCCCUGGCUCUGCAGCCGGCUCAUGCUUUACUCCAAUUUCACUUCACUCUGUCAAUGGACAUAACCCCUUCACCACUGAUUAUAUGAGCUCUUCAACUGCUCCAACACCUUACUACCCUAGCCACGCCCCCACUACUGCCACGGCAAUUUCCUCCCUCCCUGGUGACCUCUCCUCCCUCUCACCCCUCCCCGAUGUGAAACUCAGCGAGGAAGAUUUCCACGAGUACUUACAGACAAGCGGUAGCCAAGAGAGUGUCCUGACUCAGUCCAUCGUCAAUCUUCUCAAGUCUCCCACCAUUGAACGAAAAUACAAAUCGCAAACGGCCAUGUGUUGGAAUGAGCUUGAUGGUAUGGAACAGAGACAACCACCUCCCACAAGGAACGGAGACAGUGCUACCAGUAUGACCUCAACUGAAGCCAUACUCGUUGCUGAGGAGCAUUCACUUCCGGCCAAAUCCACUCGAUCGUGUGAGGUUAAUUCCGACUCGUCUAGCGGUGUGUCUUCAGCCGAUACUAAUCUCCAACUGGACUCCAACUCUCCUCUCCUCAGUCCGAAUGCCCUACUACUGCACAGCCCAUACGAGUUGGACGAUUUAUUGGACCCAAUUCACGAACCAUUUCCCUCACUAGCCGACGAUGGAGAGUACAUGAAGCGUGACCCCGAUCUGACCCCCACUGACCCUCCAGCGGAGGAGGAAGUCGUGGAUCUCCGCCCAGAAGUACCUGUGUUUGAGGUGUCUACUCAAGAGGAGGCGCUCUCCGAGACCCUCCAUGGACUCUGCUGUAACCCCAACACCCCCGUCUGCAUGAUUCGUGGACUCUGUCCGCUGGUGAACCUUAACCUCCAGCUUUUCUCCUCCAAGAGUAUCGUAAAGACCUGCCCCGACCACGAGAUGGAGGUUCGAGAGCAGGUACAACAAGCAGCUGAUGAGAACACUGAGCUCAACGGGCAUAAGCAGGUGUGGAGAUACGAGAGUCAGCGGACCUACACAACCGUCAAGGAGUACGCCAAGUACCAAAAGCAAAUGCUGCAGAAAAAGAAGUCAAGUAGUGGUGAAUUCAAGUCUUCCAACAAGAAGUUGAUUCGUUUUGGCACCAACGUGGACCUGUCUGACUGGGAAAAGUGGGGUAGGCAGCUGGAGGAGCUUGAGAAACUGCCAAAGUUCCUCAGGGUUAACUGCCCUGAGGCCAACCUUCUCGCACACAUUGGCUACUCUAUCCUCGGUGUGAACUCCGCCCAGCUGUACAUGAAGGUCCCGGGUUCACGUACUCCCGGACACCAGGAGAACCACAAUCUCUGCUCUGUGAACAUCAACAUUGGCCCUGGAGGGUGCGAGUGGUUCUCUGUGCACAACAAGUACUGGGGCAUCUUCCACAAGCUCUGUGACAAACACAAGUUGUGCUUCCUCACCGGGUCAUGGUGGCCUAUCUUGGAGGAGCUAGAGGAGAUGAGGGUUCCGGUCUACCGGUUCACUCAACAGCCUGGGGACAUUGUUUGGCUCAACCCCGGAACAGUACACUGGGUUCAAGCUAAUACUGUAUGCAACAACAUAGCGUGGAAUGUCGGCCCCAUCACUGCUCACCAGUUCAGAAUGGCCUGGGAGAGAUACAUGUGGAACAAAAUGCGCAACGUACGCAGCAUUGUUCCAAUGAUCCAUCUCUCUUGGAGCUUGGCCAGGAAAAUCAAGAUUGUGGAUGAAGCUCUCUACCUGCAACUGAGGAGUCUGCUUGAGAGCUCUCUGGCACAGACCCACAGACUCGCAGCUCAUCUGGCCGAAGCGUCAAUUCCCUUCACCCCCCACCCUCGUAUGGAAAAUGAGACUGCCCCCUGUUGCAACAACUGUCUGGACGAGGUCUUCAACAUGCUGUUUGUCCUCAGUCACAAGGGAGAGUACCUGGUCUACUGUCACAAGUGUGCCAUGGCUAUGGAGAAAUCGUUCACAGUACUCAGACAGUUUGACACGGGGGAGUUGCAACAGACACUGGACAACUUUAAGCUCCACCCACCACCUGUCUACAGUCCCGUUCCUCAAGCUGCCCACUAAACACCUGCGCAGUGUUUUUAAACCUUGUUCCUUUUCCGAAUACAUGAAACUAUUAUUUUGACUCAACACUUUACUUGAAACUACUGGCUUAUCACAUGUACAUGACUGUAUUAUACUGUUUCUGGCUUUGUGGAACAGAGCAUAUAAUUAUUUGUGUAGAUAUUUUGUUCUUUUGUUUUAAUAUUGUGUUAUAAGUACUUGACCACCACCAUUUUGAUUCUUGUUUUUGUGUAACAUGUGAAAUGUGAUCUUUGUAAAAUUAAAAGAAACCAUUGUUAUUGUUGGUAUAA